CAUCACUACCUGAGAAAGAACAACUGCUCUGAACCGAAGACCAAUCAUUCAAGCAGAAGCUUCUUGGAUGAGUACAUAGGAAACACAAUGAUAAAACUAGCCCAAAAUGAACAGGAAGUACUCCUUGAUGUCGGGCAUCUUCACGGUCCUCAACAACAUCCAGGAAUUAAUAUUUGGCCUGAACCAGCCGGUGUGGAUUGGCUUUGAUGAACAACAAUAUAAUCUCUUUAUGGAGGUAAAGUCCAAAACGGUCCACUGGAUCCUGGUCAACUUGCUGACCAUCACAACUGUUCUCUCCAUCAUCACCAUAAUCACCAGCAUCUUCUUCCUCUAUUGCCUCCACACCAAUAACUAUAUGGGCCUGGUGGUCUAUAGCAUAUGGAUCAUUAUCUAUGAGCUCAUCUCUUUCUCCUUGAAUCUGAUUUCAGCAGAGAUCAUCAAAAAUGAGUUUAAGGAACUUAAUUACCUCAACUUUACCUUCCAAAUACUACGCAUGCUCCUCCACUUCCUGGCCCUGCCCUUCAUCGUCAAGUAUAUGUACAGCCUUUACCUGGAUUCCAAGAUCCGAGUCCAGGAGUCUCGCUGCAGGCCCUCGUUGGGCAGUAUGACCAACAUGAGAUUGCCCCACGGAUACCUGGUUCUGCUGAGAGGAGCCUUAUUGGAACAGGGCUGUCUCAUGGAACUCAGUCUUGCUCCUGAAAAUUUUCUGUAA